AUGGUCGUACUACUUCAUUAUUCCACAUUCACGACCCACCCCGUUUCACAACCCCUGACCCACCCCACCCCACUCCACCACCCCGACCCACCCCACUCCACAUCCCUGACCCACCCCACUCCACCACCCCCGACCCACCCCACUCCACCACCCAGACCCACCCCCCUUCUCAACCCUGACCCACCCCACUCCACCACUCCGACCCACCUCGCUCCACCAUCCGACCCACCCCCACUCCACCACCCCGACCCACCCCACUCCACAUCCCCGACCCACCCCGCCACCCAGACCCACCCCACUCCACCACCCCGACCCACCCGUGACCCCGACCCACCCCACUCCACCACCCCGACCCACCCCCCUUCUCAACCCCGACCCACCCCGCUCCACCACCCCGACCCGCUCCACCACCCCGACCCACCCCACUCCACUCCACCACCCCGACCCCACCCCCUUCUCACACCCCGACCCACCCCACUCCACCACCCCGACCCCACCCCCCUUCUCAACCCCGACCCACCCCGCUCCACCACCCCGACCCACCCCACCCGCACCACCACCCCGACCCCACCUCGCCACCCCGAACCCACCCCGCUCUACCACCCCGGACCCAACCCCGCUCCAACCACCCUGACCCACCCCGCUCCACCACCCCGACCCACCCCACCCCGCACCACCACCCCGACCCACUCCGCGCCACCACCCCGACCCCACCCCCACUCCACCACCCCAACCAACCACCCCCCCUUCUCAACCCGACCCAUCCCGCUCCACCACCCCGACCCACCCCACUCCACCACCCCGACCCACCCCCCUUCUCAACCCCGACCCACCCCGCUCCACCACCCCUACCACCUCGCCACCCCGACCCAACCGCUCCACCACCCCGACCCACCCCGCUCCCACCACCCCGACCCACCCUCCCCGCUCCACCACACCGACCCACCCCGCUCCACCACCCCGACCCACCCCGCUCCACCACCACGACCCACCCCGCCACCCUGA